AUGUCGGACAACCGCGUGCAGAAGCUGCUGUUCUCCGAAUACAGCGAAUUCGAGGACAUGGUGUUGAUCGAGAGCCCGUUCGCUCAAACGACGAAAGACGGUCGAGGCAUUCGACAAGUGCAUUUGGGCCUAACCCCGACGAAAUUGGUAUUAGCGACGGAUGUGCUGCCACCUGUCGACUAUGUCAGUUUCAAAUAUUGUCCAGGAGUGGAUCCUCUCAUCGAAACGUUCGAAUUAGUCGCCGUGUAUCCGGUGGAAUGCGUUAAUUUGAGCGUCUACCGGACGAAGCGAAGCCAAGCUCUGAAAGCUCGCUUUUGCAAUAACAAAGUGCUGUACUUCGAAUUGGGGGGCUUCGAGAACCGCGCCAUGUUCUGGAACCUGUGGUGCGAAAAGGUGAAAUUCUUCUGUCCCAACGGGUCGGGGUCCUCCAGGUCGGAGACCUCGGUGGGGACCUCCACCACGGCCAGUACGCUCUACCUGUUAGACAGGAAAUUGGUCGCCGUCAACGGCAUGAAGCAAUUGUGGUUCACUUUCGGACCGAAUCCCUCUUUAGCUAAUAGUUCCGUUAACGAAAUCAUAAAUUCCCAAUACGCCCCUUUGGUCCAACCCCCUUCCAUAGAAGAGUUCCUACACGGAACCAAAUCCGCUAAAUCAUCUAAAUUAGCUAUAAGAAACCAACGUUCGGAAACCACCAAUUACGCCGAAGAAAAUAAUCUAAGCGUAGGAGAUAGUGUUCAGAUAAAUCGCUUCGGAAGCGGCGUAAAAGAAGGCUGCAACAUCGGGCUCUAUCUCACAGUAGACGACUACGUUGUACCGCGUCGCUACAGCUCAAUCAUAGACGAACAAAAAGCAGCAGAUUCGAAUUUUCUAGUAGUAAACUACGAACAUCUCGCCGAAUCCUGUGUGCUCGCCUGGGAGCUUUGCCGAUCCGCCGAUCCCAGCAGAUACAAAAUCAAGCACAAACGAAGAUACGGCCUUCUCACCCAACCGACUCUCCUAUACGGUUACGGCGUGUUGGAGGCCCCUAAAGGGUGCAAAUAUUCCCUGCAAAUGAAACGGGCCGUGUCCGAGGUGAGCCUGUUCAAAGCCGAAGAGCCCGUUUUGAAAACCGCCGUGCCGAAGAAGGUGCUCGUCUCGUCCGCCUCCCAUCGGUUAUUGACCGAGGAAUUUCGAGAGGUGCUGGUCGACGAGAAACCUCCGUUCACCUACUUCUGGACGCCCGGUUACGCUUACAGACCGAAAACGCCCAAGCAAGUGUACGACGAACGCCUGAAGGAGCUGAAAGCCAUCGAAAUCUACCAGGAAACUGUCAGGAUGAAGCGGAAGAGGAAGAGGAAAAAGUUGAAAAACUUACUGUGCUUGUAUCAGAAUAAAAUCCACAAGCUGGGCACCGACGAGGAGUCCAACGAUGAGGCGGGGGACGCGAAGAAGCGGAAAAAGCAGGGGUUCAUUCACAACAUAUUCCCUUACUCAUCGAAUUUGAAUUUCAACAGGCCCAACGAAACUCCCCUGCAACACCUCAAGAGGAUACUGAAAGUGGACGUUAACGUGUGCGCUUGGGAGUUCGAUUCUCUCACAUUGGCCCAACAGCUCACCAUGAUCGAUAAGCAGUUAUUUUUGAAGAUACCCGCGGUGGAAUUGGACGUUUUGAUUUGGCAGAAUUCUUCGAACGGCGCUCCGAACAUCGCCAGCGUGCUGGCUUUCUCUCGAAGAAUCAGCAAUUUGUUCGCCCACGAAAUCGUGAAAAACGAUUGCGUCAAAGCCAGAGCUCGAUUAAUAGCCAGGUUUAUCAACGUGGCCGAUAAAUGCCACAAAUUCUCGAAUUUCCAAUCGUGCAAAUCCGUUUUGAACGGCCUACAAAGCCCGGCCGUCUACAGAUUGAGAGCGACUUGGGCCUACUUGCGCAAACACCACGCCAGCAAAUACCGAAACUUCGCCUUCCUGUGCAGAUUCUACAGGGACACCAGAAUGCUCAGCUACCAAAAAACCAUUUUCAUCGUAUCGCAUUCCCCGCCGUUCCUGCCUUACAUUGGAGACAUAAUCAACCGGUUAUUAGGGAAAAUACCCGAAUACUCGUUCCCGCGUAAGAAAUCCUCCAUCGCCGGGAGUGACACUAAAACCAAUCGCUCGGAAACUAUCACCGGUAAUAGAACCGAUUCCAUAUUUCACAGGUUCCUGAAAGCGCUGGCUCUCUCGCAAACCAACGAAGUCAGGGAGACGGCGAACCGGGCGAGGAAGAAAUACUUGAUGCAAAGGAAGAAGAUUAGGUUUAAGGGUUUGUACGAAUACUACACCACGUCGGGGUUGGUAUCGAGCGAGGGCGGUAAGGAAGAAAAGGUGAUGGAGACGAAGGCGUAUCUGGAGAGGUGCCAACUCGGCGCGAUGAGUUACAAUUUUCGGCGCGACGAAAUGGCGCGAUGCUAUCUCCUCAAGGCCAGAUACAAGGAAGAUGGGGAGAAUUUUAGUUAUUCUUUAAGUAUAGAAUCGCCCUGUAAUUAUUACGAACCAAACACUAAAUAA